AGCAGCGUUCCCUUGGAGAGCGGCGGGUGUUGGGAGGGCAGCGCAGCGGGGCCUCGGGGAGCCAGGCUGUGCUGCGGCGGACCCGGGCCAGGUCGCCGGCUUAGUGUGCCGCGGUGGCCGAGGAGGGGCUGCCUGCGUGGGGCUCUCCCGCCGGAGGAAAGCUCGGUGCCCCGUCGUCCGUGCCGGGCCCUCGGCUGGGCGGUGGCGGUUGGCGCCCGGGCCCGGCCUUUGUGGCGGGGCAGGGAAGCGGGCGGGCCGGCCCCGAGCCCGCGGCCCCGGCCAGCACAGCUGCGGGCAGCCCGGCCUGUGUGCGGCGCUGAAGCCGCUUGAGGAACCCAGCCAUAAACCAGAGCACGAGGGGUGCCCUUACGUCACGGCAAGGAUAAGAGGAGAGCACUCUUAAAAAGACUGUGCCGUCCUUCUAAAACUGCUUUUUUAUCGUUGUGCUGUUGUGGUUUGUAAUCUCCUGAGUGGUAGUUUUGGGUAAGCUUUACGUUGGUAUUAAAAAAAGGAGGCAUGUUAGUUGGUGUCUCUCUGAAGCAUCCCCCUUUCUGACUGCUGCACUGAACAGUCCUGACUGGACUGACUUGGGGCAGGCAGUGGAGAGCCUGUAGUUCAAGUCUGGAAUGUGGCUACUUUGGGAACAGCAGAAGCCUUAACCUUCCAAACGAAUGACUGAAAAGGGGCAGAAUUGGUCUAGUGAAUCUCACUGGUCGCCUCGCUGUCGUAAAGUCCUUCAGAUUGAUGGACUGGAAGAGAAGCUGGCACAGUGCAGACAGAGCAUGGAGGAGCUGGAUCUGAAACUGCGCAAGGAGAAGCUCAGCCCUGAAGGAAGAAAGUCACUGGAGAGGGAGAGAAACUUACUAAUGACCAAAGCUGACAACUAUGAGAAAGAGCUGAGUGUGCUUCGUAAGGAGAAUCGCAAGAAUGCUGCCCUCGCUGUGGCCAUGGGGUUGCUGGUUGCUCUUAUUUAUGCCUGCUGGACGAUGUGAUUGCACUCAAGAAUUCUCCCUCCUGACCAAAUGACUCUCCUGCAAGGAGUUCUUCCUCCUCUCACUGCUGUGCCUCCACUCAGGGUGAGGAUCAGCAUUUCAUAUUGCUGUUCUUGUUUAUCCUCUCCAAAUCUCAUUGUAGGGAAGCUUUUUCUCUGAGAAUUGAGGGAGACAGGAGGCAAACCAGAAAUCAUGGCACACUUGUGCUUGGAAAUCAGUUCACGCAGAGCUCGAGGUGGUUCUGUCUUUACCCAGUAUGCAGUCAAGACCAUCCAGCCUGAUGCAGGAAGGUGGUACCUUCUCCCUUUUGAAAUGGACCUCUGUGGUUGCAGACACAUACUGUCUGCUCAGCCAGUUGGAAUACUUACCACCUUCUUAGUUCCUGUGACUCAGUCAUAAGCUGAAGGGACACUGGGCUCUUUGAAUCAAAGGAUAACUCGGGUAUUGUGACCUAGAAGCUUCUCAAAGACGUUUCCUCCUCCACACUGACUUACAGUACCAAAGGAAUCCUAUCUCCACAAAAGUACAGGGGAGGUAUUUCUUUUUCUGCAAGCAGGUAGCAUCCAACUUGAGGUCUGGGUGCUUGGGCUGAGAAGAUCUACCUACCUCUCCAGUGCAUCAGAGUGUGGUAGCCAUUUUGUGCCUCUGAGAAUCAACACUUGCAGAAGAGAAUUUACCACCAGCUCCCAAGGACAGAAGCGCAUUUGCAGGGCUUUAAAUAAAAUAAUUUGACCUUGUGA